AUGGAGCUGUUCCCCGAGGCAGCCGCCCAGCUGCUGUACUCGGUGAGCCCGGCACGUCUUUGCCAGGCUGCGUUCGCACUCGCAUCAUGUGCCGUCCUCGCCGUCGCCGUCACCCCAUCCAGGGAACGCAAGCUGCUGGUCAACUACGGUGCCCGGAGUCACGGGGAACCUACGGCUGAUACCACCGCUGCCGCCAGGCAAAAGGACGACGAGAUCCUGCUCAGGUCGGUCAGGACGAUCACCUCUGUCGGCCAGGUCCCUCACAUGUGGUUCUUCACGUUUUACGCAACCUACAUUCUGUGCGCUGUCUUCUGGGCCGGCCAAUACCUUCUCAACGGCUCAAUCUUGUGCGCCAUAGCCAGCCGGCAAGUUCAGCUCGGCCCAUCUCGCGCCAACAACGGCCACGUCGCCGUGGCGUGGUGCCUGAUGCUGCUCCAGGCUGCAAGACGGCUGUACGAGUCCUGGGCUUUUGCGAAGCCGUCCAAGUCCACCAUGUGGAUUGUCCAUUGGCUUCUCGGGCAGCUUUUCUACGUGGGGAUCAGCGUGGCCGUCUGGGUCGAGGGCUCUGGCGCCCUCUUGCAAAACCAAUUGCGCUCCUGGACACUGCAGCUUACGGAGGACGCGCUGCUCAAGGUGGCCAUCGCGGUGCCGCUGUUCUUCUUCGCCUGGGUCUCACAGUACCGCUGUCACAAGCAUCUGGCGGGCCUCAAGAAGUAUUCACUGCCCGAACAAGGCAUGUUUCGACACCUGAUCAGUCCCCAUUACACUUGCGAAUGCUUGAUUUACUUGUCAUUGGCAAUUAUCGCAGCCCCAGAGGGACAUUUGUGCAACCAGACGCUGCUGUCCGCGCUGCUUUUUGUGGCUGUGAACCUGGGUGUGACGGCUCGAGGGACCAAGAGCUGGUAUAUAGACAAGUUUGGGUCGGACAAGGUGGCGCCGAAGAAGGUCAUGAUACCCUUCGUGUACUGA